AUGUCUGAACUGCGUAAAAGAAAAGUUGUUCCGUUGAAGGAUAGAAAUCGAAAUUCGUCCCAUGCGAACGGCGGAUCAAAAAGCGGUCGUGCGGCCGCCAAAGUACCCGACGAAAAUGGUGGACCGUCUUGGACUAGUUGCGGAAAUUUUCUGUUGGGAUCAAUAAUAGCCCUGAUCGUAGGAACAAAAUAUGCCCUCUACGUCCGGGAACUUCAUGAGAAUGAUAUGUGGUUUUCAAACAUCGGGGUUAGUAAUGUGACUUUAAAUACACUUAUUUUAAUCAUGCUCAAUGUAAGUGUGUUUGGGCCGUUAAGCUUAUAUUUUCUGGUCUGUAUAAAUUAUCAGGGCACAGUCUUAAGUCUUUAUAAGUUAGGAUAGUCCAAAAUGCACUUUCGAUCAGAGAGCAUUAUUUAUUAAGAACGAUAUGUAGUUUGAUCGUAAGAUAAGCAUAAAAUAGAUUUUGAUAUUUUAAUCUUUAAUUCUGAAUAAUAAGAUUGAAUUAAGCUUUACAUUUGACUGUCCGUCCAAAAUUAAUUCAUAUUUAUUCCAGAAGAAACCAUUUUGCAUAUUUUUACCGCAGAUAACACAGGCUUAAUAUCCCUAACAUAAAUUUUUAAGACUUAUCAAGGUGAUUUUAGAUGACUAUCAAGUAACCAUAUUCAUAUUACAGCAUAAUUUUUACAGCAAGAAGGAAUGUAAGAAAAAAAAUUAUUUAAUUUAUUUUUUUUUCUGUUGUCCCAUUGUGCUAAUGAAUGAAAUAUCCUGCUGUGCCUGUAAUUAACUACCUGUAUUACGUUUUUUCCUAUUUUUAGCAACUGGAGAGAGAAAUAUCCUUUAGGACAGAGUCAGGGUUAUAUUUUUCAUAUUAUAAGCAGAUUGUUUUAGCACCAUCAUUUUUUCAAGGUAAGCAGUUAUUUUCUGAUAAUCUUGUCUCUCUUUCCUGCAACCACGACUCAAAGCUGAGUUUCAUAAUUAUGUACAGAAUGCACUCAUCUGCAAUCCAUUUUGGCAAUUAGUUUCUACAUAGUUAAACCAGGAUAAGGGAAAAUCCCAAUAACACAUAGUAUUCUUAGUUAAUAAUAGUCCUUUUCAUGCUGAAUCUGAGGCUGCCAGACAGAUGGUCAAAGCAAUCCAUUUCAAUCCUUAUGUUUCAAAUACAACUUCCUGUUAAAAAAGUACUUUACUUGAGUGUUAAUGUAUUUAGCACUAAAGUACUAAAAUUGAGGACAAUAUGUCUCCUGCUGAAGACGGGACUGCCAUUUUACUUGAUUAUCUGAGCCAUGGGAAAGUCUAGCCACUUGCUGGGCAAAGGCAGUAUUUUUAUUCUCAUUAAGAUCCUGAGUUUUCGCCCGGCCUCGGGAAUUGAACCCAUGACCUUCUGCGCUGCAGUCAAGUGCUCUACUGACAGAGCUAAUCCUGCUGGAAGGUCUUUGUUGAUUUGUUGCAAACAAUGCCUGGAUUGAGAAAAUGCUGAUUUAUAAAGCGUGUGGUCUUGAUAACAUCUCGGCUAGUUAACUGAAAGAAGCAUCACCCAUAGUUACUCAUAGUUUAACUUUUCAAAUUAGUCUCUAUAUUACCACAAUGGAAUGUAUCCAAAUGCUUGGAAAUGAGCUAGAAUUUCACCAAUAUUUAAAGAGGACCUGAAAACUGAUCCUAACAACUGCAGACCUACCUACCUCAGUUCUGCCUGUAGUAAGUAAGUUAAUUCAAUUGUUCAUGACUGUUAAAGUACAGUUGUGGUAUUCCUAGGUAUAAAAACACAUGAAAUUAGGAAACUUCUCGUGCUAAAACAACUACUGUACCGCUGUACUAUAGUCCUGCAUCCCAACAUGAUGCCUUCUUUGUGGUUUAGAAGUGCGUCGGUCAUUGUCUCAACUGACGCAUCCCAAUAAUUUUUAUUGUUUCUUAGGAAUCCAUGAUGUCAUGCAUGAUAACAGAACAGAGCAUCUGAGGACUAUUAACAUAUUAGAGAGAUUUAAUAUUUAUCAAGAAGUUAUUCUAGCAGCACUGUACAGAAUUUUACCAAUACAGGUGUGUAAUGUACUGUCAGUAGGUUCAUGCUAAUUUUUAUUUCAACUCAAACUUAUUUUCAUUAACCUCUUUACUUCUGGUACACCUCCCUGGGGGGGGGGGGGGGGGGGGGGGGGGGGGGGGAUAUAUUACAAAAAUAAAGAAAUUAAUAUUUUUAAAAAAAUGUUUUUAUAGCGCCUCUUAAAAAAUUUUCCCAAUCAUGGUUUUUUUUUUUCGUGUGUGGGUUUUUUUUUUUUUUUUUUUUCCCCCAAAACUUUUUUUUUUUACCCCUUUUUCUUUUGGGCCCCCCCCCGGGGGGGGGGGGGGGGGUAGUGGAGUGAGAGGCAUAGCCCUGCCUUUGCUGGGAAACUUAGGAGCUAAGUUCUCUGAAAUGUUAUUCUCUCAUUUUAAGACCUAUUUUAUGCAAAUAAUUGGCCAUUGUUAUCUUUAGACAACAUUUUAUACAAUUGAUUCCAAUUUUUACUCUGUCUUCAAUGUUCUCUUUCCAGAAUGCGUGGCCCAUAAAAAGAAAAGCUGUUGAUACUUAUUACUAUUCCAUAAUUUUAUUAUAUUUAUUCAUUUUCCUUGUGAAAAUCAGAUCGGAUCACAACUUCAUUUUUUUUUAAAAUCUAGUUUCUUCAAUUUUAGUAAACCUCCAAACAGUUGCAGCCCGUAAGAAGUGUUGCUUCAGGUGGUAAAUUUUACUGGUUACUGCCUGAUAAUGGGAACACUGGAUACCUAGAUAAUCUGGAUCACAUCAGCUUAUGAAAAUCCCUGUCAACAAUACACUGAACUGUGAUGUUUUACUGACAGAGAUAAACCUCUGUCACUACAGUUCACUCUCACUAGAAAAGACACUAAGGAUUUUUUUUUCAUGAUACCAGGGCCACUUUCGCACUCCAGUUUCACUUUUGGGGCUCUCUUUGUUUACCUCAUACCACCAAAAAAAUUCAUACUGGCAUGAAUUCACCCCGGUUGAGUGCAUUGCUUACAAUUGCAUCCUGUAAACCAAGAAUGGGGACAGCUCAUUUUAGUAUAAAAUUGGCCUCCUGGUGGACUGGAAUGGGUAGUGCAUGUGUAGUUCUUCAAUUUAAGUUGGUGUUAUUACAGUGGACAUGGAAAACACUUAAACGUGAAGCGAAAUGAAGAAGUCUUGCACCCCUUAUUGUUUGUGAAAUUAUCACCAAUAAAGAUUCCUUUCGACAUUUAUUUCAAUGGGGUUUUGCCCACAAGCUUUAUUUCUAUAUAUUUACAGGAUGCAAGAUAAAGAGUAGCCUGUGAAAGUAUUAUGCACAGGAGGAUUUGUGUAAAUGAUCAGGCCAUAGAAUUUUUGUCUACAGAUUGGGGUUCUGUCUGUUUUAAAAUUUUUGCUGAGAUUGUAAAUACUUACCUUCAAUAAUAAGUUAGUAUUAUUGAUACUACUAAAAUUUAAUUAUAAAGGUUGGCAAGUAUAUCUUUUAAAUAAUCGUUUACACCAAUUUCCUUUUUUUUCUUGGUAGAUGGAGUAUGUAUAUUUUUAUAUUGAUACCAUCUUUGCCUUACAUGGAAUGUACAUGAUGGCGCUGUUUGCCUCAUCGUGGAUGCUAAGUGGUUCUUGGCUUGCUGGCUUACUAUCUGCAAGUUUUUACAUUUUUAACAGGCAUGUGUUGUGAAAACUUUUAAUACAUGUACAACCUUGACAUUGUCAAAUCUGCAAAACCAUGCUUAGGAGAGGGUUCCUGGUAGGCUUUCUUUCUUAACAGGAAUUUGUGCAGUUUAUAUAUCUCUCUUUUUUCUUUUGUUCUCUGUUAAAUAAAAGCUAUACUUAAAAUAAUGUGCUUUCUUUUUCUUUUUUUAUCCUCAGGGCUGAUACUACAAGAAUAUCGUUUACUAUUCCUCUGCGUGAAAGUUUUGGAUUCCCAUUUCUCUUUGCACAGAUUGCAUUUAUAAAUUACUUUCUAAAGAAAGGUGUUUCCUCCCUUGCCCAGGUAGCUACUUUUACUUUUAUAGUGUUCCCUAAUAAGAAAUCUUUAUUCAAGUGCAUUUAAUACAAAAUUACAGAGCAUGAUAAGAGAUACUCUGCAUAUAUCCUAGUAUUAUAUAGUGAAUAUCUCUUGGCUGUAGCUCAUGGUACUGUUAUGAUUAUAUUAUUAAUCUAAUAAAUACAUGAAAAGAUGAUAAAAUACAUGUAUUAUAAAAACUUCUACAUCACUCAGCAAAUGCUCAUUCCUUAUUUGUGAUAUUUUAUUUCAGAGACUAUGCCUCACUGUUAUUGCAAUUUGUACAUUUUUCUUCACAUUGGUCUGGCAGUUUGCUCAGUUUAUUCUCCUGUUGGAGUCCAUGGCUUUUUUUGGUACUUAUUCACUUGGCUUCAUUUCCAAGCACAAGGUAAGCCUCAGUAUGCUUAAAACUAAUUUGUGCUGAGAGAAAAAGUAGAUUAUUAUUUCUAAAGAAGGUAUUGUGAGGGGACAAGAAAUGAUGGGUUGGCUUGUGUAGAUGAUGUACAGUGACCAUCUGUUACCUCUGCGUCCUGGUUCUCUGAUGCAUAAAAAUCCCUAAAGAUGUGAAAUAAUAUUCAUGGCUUGUGUCCCAUAGAAUGCAAAGAUCAAUCGAUGUAGUUGAAGUUGUUUUUGUAGAAUAUCCUGUUCAUGUGAGUUCUUUGGCUGUUUAACGACGGAUAUUUCUUUUAUUCUUUGUCGUGCUUAACAAUUAACAGAAGGAGUAUAUUUUUACUUCUGUUCAGUAAACUGUAAUACACAGGUUUGUCCCGGAGUCUGUCUUCAGGUUAACUGUCUGGUUUCAUAAAGGCCCAAGCAAUUUGUAACAAAGUCACUGGUCGUGGCUUCAACCACCACUUGGGUAACAAAAUAGUUCCCACAUGACUGAUCGUUUUUGGCUCUACAGCCUCUAUAACGCCCCUUAAAAGAUACCACAGCAGCUCUUGCAGAGGUCAUUUUGUAGUGGUGGCGCAAAAAAGGGACAAAAUAUGGUAUGAGGUAUUGACAUUAAUUUUCCAUCAAACUGGUUUUCUUUCAGGCGCGAUGCCUUUACCUCAUUGCGAUUGGUUCGUUGUUAAGUGUGUGCAUCCUGCAGUUUAUCAAUGAUAUGAUCCUUUGUUCACUUGCUCUGAGUUUUGCAGUGGCUGCAGUUAUCCUCAUGACUAUCCAUGUGAGUUUUGUAUUGUUUUCGAGCUAGAAGGCCUUGAGAUUGUUUCCACUCCAUUAUUUUUUGUGAGAUUGACAAGAUCACCCACUUGAUUUAACACGAUGAAUGACAUCUGGCCGGGAGAAUGCACCUUCAUGGAAGGCAAUUGAAAGGGAUGGGAGAAAUUGGGUAUGAAAGAACGCUAUGGUUGGUGGAGUUCCUCUUUCUUCUCCCUCUGGCAAACAUUUGUAGAAUUUUUACAUGCUUUUAACCCUUUAAGUCCCAAUAGUGACCAACAUCAAAAUUUUUUCCUGACAGUAUCCGUACACUGUCAAGAGAUACGGUUAUGAGAAUUAACAAAAUGAUUACCAAAGAGAAAAUGCCUUGAUCUUUGGACAAAUUCUCUGAACUCAUUCUUUAACCCAUUCGCCCCUGAACCGCCCGUAACCGCCCGUGCGGAUCCAGGUCCUUUCUACCCAUUGUGACGUCAUCAGUUUUAACGGUCAAGGACAACUUUCUUCGCUAACUUGUGCAGAGUGAAGAGAUCUUUCAAACCAUACCAGAAUGAGCACAAUUCAGUCAAGGACACCGGAGAAACAAGCAAAAAACCACGUGACAUUGACCGGAAAAUCUUCAUGAAAAUCUUGUUCCAUUACCCACCUACCUUUCCUUUCACCUAAUCCUAAGAUCCUAAAAGCUUUCCUAAAAACUCUUCCCACCAAAAUCAAGCCUACUAAAUGCCCAGCAAGAGAAAAAAAAAUGAGGCAAGAAAAGCGAAAAAAGAAGGGAGGAGAGAAAGCGAAAAGUAAAAGUCAAGACUGCUGUGUCACUUCUAAACCCAAAAACUCUCGAAAUUUUGCUUUCUGCGCAUGCCCGAACUUCGCAAGCUGAUAUUUUGCAUCUGGAUCAGAAGGCCGCGAAGUGUACGACCUGUAAACCGGUUUCUGGUAAGUUUUAGGUCUUUAUUGCACGACAGUGACCAGAAAACCACUCGACUAGCUUCAAAACGCGUUUUUCGGCAAAAUCUCCAGGAGCGAAUGGGUUAACGAAAUGUAUGGAGACCAGUUUGGAAAACUUGUUUGUGGAUAUUGGGACUUAUAGGGUUAAAUGUCCUUCCCUCCUUUUUAAAAGCCUGCUGUACAGGCUAGUUUGUAAGGAGGUCUAUAGAGAGGAGAAGCCGUUUCGUCACUUUCCCAUGGUAACGAAAUUUCAAAAUUUCGUUCAAUGGCGGUUAAGAAAUGUACAAAAAAGCAUGAUGCACGUGCAAAGUUGUUGUUUUGCCAAUAUAAACUUAUUGCUUUUUAACGGUUCUCGAUGCUUCAUCGUCGUUGUUGCUUAAACUCCCUAUUGUUGUGAUACAGAAAUUUUGCUACCAUAGUAACGUGACGUCACUCUUCUCCUGUCUAUAGGAAGGUGGUUCUUAAUUCUUCUCCCCUCCCCUCCCCCCACCCACAAUAUUAUCGCCCACUCUUUUCCCACAGACAAUUUACAUUCUCAUCCGUAUGAAUUCAAGAUGGCAGCCACAUCAAAUUAGUUAUAAAUCUUGAUAUUUUAUUUUUUUGACAGACUCUUUGGUUGUGUUUCAGGGAGAGGAAAAUUCAAAUGACAAUCCAUUUCUAAGAGUGUUUAAGCUUGUUCUCAAUACCAUAGCAGUUCUUUUGUUAGCUGGAGUAAUAAGCUUCCUUGUUAAGGUAUGUUGAACCAUUACCAUAAAAGUGUAUUAGUGACUAUGUAACCCACGCCUGUCAACCAUUCUCCUUGUAAAUGUAGGGCUUGAAUUGAUGCAGUACAAAAACUAGGUUCCCACGCAGACGUUCUUGGGGUUUUGUAACACGUUCCUGCCCCACAUAUUUUGUGGCGAAGCCCCAAGGAUGACUGGAUGGAAGGCUAUAGUAGUAGAACAACUGAAUCUUUGUCAAAUUUGUUGAUUUUGUCUAUUUCAGGUUGUCUUGCGAAUUGAGUCAGAUGAGCACAUCUUUAAGUUUCUCAAGUCAAAGUUCGGUUACGGCGUUGGAAGGUAUGUAAGUUACAACAAAAUGAAGUGUCAUCCGUUAUUGUUUUUAUUUGUUGAUGCGACUUCUUAUGAACCUUGAGUAAAAAUAGGGAGCUUGAGCAACCACGACGACGUCCACGACAACUACAACGUCAAAAAAAAUAAACAACAACAACAAUUGGUUUUAUGAGCAAAACAAUAACUCUGCACGUGCAUCACGCUUUUUAGUACAUUUCUUUGACGUCCACUGCACGACUACGACGUCAAACCUCCUAAUGCGACGUUUUAUGGAGGACGUGAACAUAUGAUGACGAAUUUUCCUUUCUCUUUUUGAACCUCGAUAAAGUCCAUUAGAAUUCAACUGCAAGAAAAACGCCCACACUUGACGAAUUGAGCGAUGAAAGGACGCAGAUUCAUUUUUAGCGACGUUUUCGUUGCGUUCGUCCUCGUCGUUGCUUGACCUCCCUAACAGUGCGAAGGACGUGGUCAGCACAUAGUCGCGUUUGUAGAGUAAGUGGAUUGAACCUCUCAUAGAAGAUUGGAAACCCCCACCAAGUGUAGGUACAGUUGUGCUUCCCAGAUUGCCCCUGCACUGUUUAUAAGUACCCUGUGCUUGCUUCGAAUUGAAUUGCGGAUACAUUGACACAUUGCGGACACAGUUGUGCUUCCCAGAUUGCCCCUGCACUGUUUAUAAGUACCCUGUGCUUGCUUCGAAUUGAAUUGCGGACACAUUGAAGGAUCAAUCCGGGAAACUGCCUGCCUACCCCUCCCCUAAAUCAACGUUAACCUUUACGUCUCACUUGGGGCAAAAUUUUGCGUUAGGGGAGGGGAAGGUGGUCAGUUUCUUGGAAACCAAAUUAAUCCAAUAUUUCCUAUUAACGAAAGAGAACCUUUGUACCUUGUUUAUGACAGAAUUAAGUCAAAACCCCUGUAAAAGGCUUGGAACAAUUUUGCGAUUGGCGCCCGUCAAGUUGUCCGGUCAAACCUAUUUUUCAGACACAACCCGGUUUUCAUGGCCGGACAAAUAUCUAUCACGUCCUAUCUCUUAAAAAGCCUCUUUCUUUUCCUUUUUUUUGUCACGAACGCCAAUAAUGUCUAAUUAUCUAAAUUUAGAAGUUCUGAGGAAAAUUUUCCAGUAGAAGCGUAAACGACCGGACAACCUGUCCAGUCAUCCAAGGAUUUGAGCGGUCAAAGCCUACUUAUAACCGGACAUUAUCCUACUCCGUUGACCGGCCGUGAUUUCAACCCCUACAGGUCCUGUACCACGUUAAAAGUGUCCUAAAGGAUGAUCCAAUUUUGGGUGGAUUCUUUUGCAGCAUACUUGGAUAGCCGUCGCAUUUUCCUGCUGAAAUUCCAACGGGAAAAUGCAACCGCUAUCCGCGUAUACCGCCAAUGAUACUAGCGUUUAUUCCCCUCUUUCAAGAUUUCGUAACCCUGCUUCUAAGAACAUCAAGGGUAUAUUACCUGCGAGUGACUCAUAAAAUGUUCUAAAAUGUCACAACGUUAUGAAUAACCCGAGUAUAGUUACGUUUGGGGUUCAAGCCUAGCUUGUUCACAGACCCUAGGUCUCUAUUUUCUCUUUAGAGGUCAUCGAGCUCACGUAUUAAAAAUAAAAACCGGGGGGGGAUUUGUUCACCGCAAGCGCAAGGGGUAGGGGUGGGGAAAGGAGAAAUUUUUUUUCUCGAACUUCGCGCGCUUAAAAAGAAAAAAGUCUGUGGACAGGCUGUUCAAACAUACAAUCUACUGCUUUGUGCUCUUUUAGCUUGAGUUAGCUGAGCAGGAUUGCAGGGCUAAAUGAAUACACGGGCUUGGAAUUUAGAGAACGAGGUGGCCAUUUGUUUUAAUUGCCCUCUUUUCAUUUCUCCCCAGGGAUUUUGAUUCAUUGUUAUACCUUUGCGAGGGAGCCUUCAAAUUCCUUCCCACAGAUAGCUACUCCAGACUGACGACCGGUGUGGUAUUUCCUUGUUAUGUUGUGUCCAUGGUGGCCAUAUUAUUUCUGUUAGCAUAUACAGUGUUUGUUAAUUGGAGGUAAGACACAUAUUCAUUUGUUGGAGUUGUAAGCAGUUUUUUUUCUUUUUGAAUAGUCUAAAUCCUGUCUGGCUUCUCCUCUCGAAUCUUUGGGCAAGCUGCCUUGGGUUUUGAAUAGCAAAUCUGUUUCACUUAAAUACAAAUCUAUGAGAUAUCUUCCUUUGCAAAAGAUGUUUAGAAAUUUUUAGAUAAACUGAUAAUCCCGCGAACACACAGCAACAAAUAACGUCACCUAUGCAAUGGUCUCAGGUAGUAGGAAGGUCGCGAAAAAAAGACGCGCCUUUUCUCCUUCCAACCCCCGAGCGUUUUUGGCAUCAGUUUUAACGACCUGCCUGUGAACAUUAAGCCCCCUGCCAACGACGCAAUAUUGUUGGCCAACAACUCCCAACAUUGCUGUGUUGUUGUUGCAUGCGCGUUUGCACGUAGUUAAUUUGACUGGUUUCAUGCGCAAUGUUCAACACCCACCAACACGCAAGUGGGAUCUUGCUCGCUGUAAACAGCCCCUUGUUGAUCUUGCAAAUGGCCUCAUUACAAAAGAAUUGCAGGCUUAAGAUUUUUUGAGUUGCGGCGAAAAAAUAAAAGUUUUUGUCCCCUGCAGAAAACGUGACGAUAUCACAGAAGACGCGGAUCCUCUUUUUCUUAACUCCCAUCCGGAGGUGGUUUAUCAAGUCAUUCAGAGCGUUUUCUUUGGAGCACUGGCCCUAACUGCUCUCCGUUUUAAGUUUCUAUGGACACCUCACAUGUGCUUGUUUGCCGCUGGAAUAUUUUGUAACCAAUAUUUCUGGAAAACAGCGCUAACGAAGAUAGGACUCAAAGAAACAUGGGUGAGUCGCUCUUUGCUCGUAUAUUGCUGAAACGAUUCACUGUGCAAGAUGCAGGAGAAAAAUGUGGCUGGUUCGCUAAAUUUAGCUUUUUUUUCCUGUCGAUUGACUUAAGGAAAUGUUAACCGUUUUGAGUCAAAACACAUUAAAAAGGUUUGUACGUGAAUUCUAAAACCUGGAAAUUCAUGCAAUUUAAGUAAUGUUUCGUAGGUUGGUUACUGUAGGUUAUGUCAAAUCGAGGACAAUGUAAGGUAGAGAAGAGUAAUCAGACAGUGCGAACGGCACGCAGUUUGUGUCUUUUGAACUAAGUUAAGUAAAAAAUACCCUAAACCAAGGAAGGUUUUGUUACCUGGUUGGUUAUGUCAUUUUAAAGGACUUUUCUUACCUAUUUGGCGCGAAAUUUACCGGUCGAAAACUCUCUGGUGACGUCAUACGCGAUUGACCAAAAGGAGAGCGAGUGGUGUUUGUCGUCACUCCCGACACAUCAUAUGUCAAUCAUUUUUUCCCGCGUGAAUUUAUGAUGAAAUUCAAAUCCAUUCAGGCGCAACAAGUCGACCUCGCGACUUCGUUGUUUGCUCGGUCGCUCAUUGAAGCUAUCUCCGCUUGCUUUUAAGAACUUACGAGAAGUCGACUUGUAGCAAGUCUAGAAAAACUUGAACAAGUAAUAGAAAGUCCUGGAAGGUGAAGAACUCAGAAGAGUACGAACCCUGUUUCCUAUCCUUAUGCGAAAAACCGUGUCCGUCAUAGGUGAUACAGGUUUGGCACAGCAUGUCUUGGGCGUUGGCGAAUGGUGCCGAUAUCAAAGUUUCCACUGCAUUUUAUAUUUUUGUUCUGUAGGCGAAGUUCACGGGACAUUUCGUCGCUGCCUUUCUUCUGGCCAUUUUGCUGUUCAAUGUAAGUUUAUACUUAAAAAAAGUAAUAAAUACUUUGUUAAUGUUAUUUCCUAAUCCACGACACACUAAGAGCCCUUGAGAACUCGGUUACCAUGUGCUCAUGCUCCAUGUGUUCAUGCUUUCCACGUCGAAGUGGAAUCUAUAAGUAGGAUUCAAAGAAACAGGAGUAAAUUACUUAGGAAUAUUAUAUACCUCAUUGUUACUUAAUUUCGCGGGUACUUAAUUUCGUGAUUUUGGCCAGACAAUAUUUCGCAGGGUUUUAUUUUCGUGAUUUCAAUAGGUAAAUGUGAAAAAAGACAUUAAAUUUCGCGAUUUAAGCAUUCUCAACGUCACUUUAUUGUUUGUCAACUCCGUUUUGCUUGGGACAAGGAAAACGCAUAUUUAUCUACUUCAUACGUGUAAUCUUUGCAACUUUCACAACAGGAGAUACAUGUACAAAAUGGAACUUACAGUAAAAGCAGGUUUUACUGUAAGUUCCAUUUUGUGAUAAUGUGUUUAUUUGUCGAUGCAUAUCUUGUAUAUGUUGUUUUUAUUACAUGUUAAUCCUUUUUAUGUGUGUGAGUUAAAUUUUCUAUAUGGGUAUUAAAUUUUUCGUGUUUAAAUUUCGCAAGGAUUUUUAUUCGUGGGUCUAUAAUUUUGUGAUUUUUUUUUGCAAUCGAUGUCUUUACAACACCGCUCCUUCCUUGCUCCCAAUGAUCAUGUUGACAUUCCAGCCUGUGUGCCCUUCUUUAUUACGCGCAAACUGUGGUGGGGAGAGGUGAUUAGAGCUGCACUAGUAACUGAAAAACAAUUCGACUUUGUUUUCUAGCGUCUUCCGCGAGCGUUGGACGAACUCAAGGAAUUGAGGGAAUUUUACGAUCCUGACACAGUAGAGUUGAUGAAGUGGAUAAAGUGAGUACAGAACUCUUUGUUCUCCCGGCCCACCGUAAACGCUCGACCCCACAACUUUCACGACACACCCCUACUUUUGUCCUUCGUAAAUAGAGGUGACCUUUAUGAAAGUGGAAAUGAUACUUGCAGUUAAAUGAACAACCUAAGCGGUUGUUCGUUUAACAGCGAGGAUGAUUUCCCCAUUCAUAUAUUUAUCCGCAGUUCAAAAUAUGAGUCAUUUCUUAUAUUCCCCGAAGUGACCAUUGUAAUGAUGGACCAUAACGUGGUUUCAUCACUGUGUUAUAUGCCAAGGCGCUUUGUACCGUAUUUCCUUUCGCCAUGGAGCUCUAAUGCUCUGGUGCCUUAUAUAUGUUGUGAUACUGUGUGGUAUGGUACCGCAUGCUCAAAUUGCCCCUAGUCCGUCCCAAUUGAGUCGCGUUGUUAUUGGUCGUCUGUCAGUAAAGCCAUGUUAUUCACCCUAAAUAUGAUUGGUGCGUUUUAAUCCGCCUUUUAUCACAGUAUAAUGGUCGUUUCAUAGUUAGUCAAAUUGUACUACUUAUAAACUGUGUGACAGUUCCCUUGUUGCAUUCUAGUCAGAAUACCCCACCGGAAGCGUCAUUUACUGGUAGCAUGCAGCUUUUAGCAGGAGUGAAGCUAUGCACAGACAGACACAUCACCAAUCACCCACACUACGAAAACAAGUUUCUCAGAGAAAGAACAAAACAGGUAAAGAUUAUAAUCCAACAUAUGAACAUUGGCCAAAAAAAAGCCAAAUCCCUGGCGACAGCCGGAAUAGUAAUGCCUGAAUGGUCUUGGGGUCUUCCGCUAAGUGUUCGAACGCUUGAGCUAGCGAAAUAUAAGUAUACUCCUGGCUCCGGAUGUUCAAAUGUUGGAUAGCGCUAUCCACCGGAUAAAUCACUAUCCAGGGGAUGAAUAUUAGGGAAAACAAUUGCAUCAUCCUCCAGAUAGUGAUUUAUCCAGUGGAUAGCGUUACCCACCUUACGAACAACUGGUCCCUGGCGUAAUUAGCCUGCAAGCAAGUUCUCUGUCUGGAAAUCCGCAGAACUCCUGGGGCACGCGCGAGCGAGCCGUCAUCGCAUCGUUAGUCGCUCACGCGUCAUUUUUCCGGUCGCCUCUCGCGAUGCUCACUAAAAUGAAGAGGUUGCUCUGAGCUAACUAAAAAAAGGCCUUUUUCUAGCCGUUCGUAUGUGAAAGGCGUCCUAUACAGAUUACGGAGUAGCCUUGCUAUGUGACAAGUUUAAACUGUGACUUUACCUCCUUUUUUCUGUGUUGUAUUUCACUUGCGAGUUUGCCAAGACAAAGGAAAGAAAAAAAGAUAUGUCUCACCGACUUAUGCAAGGUGGUAUCCAUUUCUAUUACAGCGACUGAUGAUAAAAAACAUUGACGAAUGGUUGAAGGGGCUGGUGUGUCACGGCUGUCUAGUUAACGAAACAACAAAAAUGAACUUUGAAAAACUGUUUGGCGAACAAGUUUUCAAGUACAAUUUUAGUGUCAAGUUUAUCUAUCCGUGCCCAAUUUUUCAUUUGACUUGUAACUGAUACUUUCUUUUAAUGUUUUGAGCGAUAUAUAUGUUUAUGAUUCACUCAACUGGGUGACAGUUCCUGCGGUUAGAAUUUUGAUAAAAUUCGUGACACAGCUCCUUUGAGAUGUUGCGAUGAUAAAAGAGUUUCCUGCGCCUGGAUAACACUCUAUCCUUUGAGUCUUUCUUACUCUCCUUCUUUCUUUGAUGUAGGUUUAUCAAAUUUACGCCAAACGUCCUCCGAGACAGGUGUACGAAAUCCUGCGUCAACAUGGCACAGACUACAUCAUAUUAGAAAACAGCAUCUGCCUCUCACAACAGAGCUUAGGCUGCAGACUAAUCGACCUCCUGGACUUGGACAACGGUCACGUGAUCGACGGAGGCCAAUUAGAAGAAGGAUUACAAUUUACAAACAUUCUGCGUUUCUGUAAAGCUAUAAAAAUAGAUAGCAAGAAUUUUAGUCCGUAUUUUAAGAAAGUAUUUGAAAAUCGUACGUUUUAUUUAUACAAGUUACUGUAGUAGGAAUCUAAAUAUAUAAAGUGUCACGAAAAAUAUGAUCAGAAAACUUGUGUUUAUUUAAAACUUGCUUGACAUUAAGGUUUUAACUGACAACUAUUUAAUGGUCGAUUAAUACUUUCUUUUCUGUUCAUAAUCUAGUCAAUCAUUUCUCUACACUUUCAAUUCUUUUGCGCUCCCUAAGUGGCGAGGAUAUCUUAAGUUAAGAAAGGUUCUUGUGACCUCAGAAAUGAGGGGCGGACGUUUAACAACAUUUACACUUGCUAAAAUUUGUUUCACUCAAUAGAGUUGUGAGUCACUGUUAUUUUUUAGUCUGAGGCUGGCGAGACCUAAAUAUAGGUAACGAAUCGUAAAGCUUCUUGACCACUGUCGUUAAGUUUUUUGUUUGGUGUAAUGCCUUUAGUGUUGUAAGCUCUCGUUUCUAGUUGGUUCACAAAACCCAGAUUAUUUGCAAUGAUAAUCGUAAGGAAAAAUAGACCCUUGUGUCGGA